AUGUGUUCAUGUGAUGUCUGGAAAGAUAACUGGAAUAGAUUGGGUCCUCUAAGGGAAUUCUCAACUCCAUAUCACAAUAUAGAAGAGGUGGCUGAACUCAUGAACUCAGAGGGUUGGGAAUUCCAAAAAAUGAAUGCAGUGUUACCAGACCAGGUGGUGGAUCAUGUUAAAUAUAAACUGAGCAUAAUGGGGCAAUCAAUAGAUGCAGAUGUACCAUGGUGGAUUUUAACUAAGUCUAGCAAAUUGACAGUGAGUAGUGCAUUGAACGUAAUGAGACAGCAGGAGCAAGAGUCAUUAAGCUAUCAAAGAAUAUGGAGUAAAGGUGUGCCCUUCAAAAUUUCAUUUUUUUUAUGGAGGAUGUGGAAAGCUAUACUCCCAGUGGAUGAUGCACUCAAAAGGAUGGAUAUUUCCAUUGUAUCAAGAUGCAUAUGCUAUCUAAAUUCACAGUCAGAGAAGACAUUCCAACAUAUUUUCUUGACUGGUAAUUGUGUAGCAGAAGUAUGGCAAUACUAUACCACGUCAGCAGGUAUCAUUGGCCCUCUAAUACAGUUACAUCAAGCAGUGGUAAAAUGGUGGAAUACAAAGUGUGCAGUCAAGUUGAAACUAGUUUUUGAAGCAAUUCAAUCAUUUAUCUACUGGCAGUUGUGGAAGAGAAGAAAUGCACUCAUGAAUGGAGCAAAUAUGAGUAAGAGUAAAGUCAUUUACUGCAUUAAUCAGAACAUUCAUAACUUGAUAAGCAGUCUAUAUCCAUGGUUGAAGAAUGUCCCACAUGAUUGGCCUCAGAUGGUACAGUUAUUAGAAGGACUUAAUCCUAGAGUAGGAGGUCAAAUGGUACAACGGAGAUAUCCAAGUGCAGGGUGGCAUAAGUGUAAUACUGAUGGUGCAUCAAGGGGUAAUCCAGGCCAAAGGUUGACUGCUUUUUGCAUUAGAUAUGAAAGAGGUGAUUUGGUUUAUGCAGCUGCUAGAAGAAUAGCUAACACAACAAAUAUAUGUGCAGAAGCAGUUGCAAUUCAUGUUGGUCUACAAUAUUGUGUUAAUAAUCAAAUGUUACCUGUGAUCAUGGAAACUGACUCUCUAGCUAUGGUAAACAUCAUUCAAGGAGACUGA